UUUACCUCUACUUCCUCCAUAUCAUCCUCCCUAUCAGUCUUUUCAGUUAUUCUCAAGAAAGUAAAAAUGGGAUUGACCUCAUCCUUAAGAAGAAAUAACAAGAGUUUCCUCAGAAUCUUCAUGAUCUUGGUUCUAAGCUGUAUACCAGGUAGAACCAAUCUUUGUUCCAAUCAUUCUGUUACCACCCCAAUAGAUUUACCUCCAGAUAUUCGUUCCUCAUUAGACUCACUAGAUUUGGAGGGGUACAUAAGCUUCAAUGAUGUCCACAACGCGUCCAAGGACUUUGGCAACAGAUACCAGUUACCACCUCUGGCAAUUCUCCAUCCAAGGUCAGUUUCUGAUAUCUCAACAAUGGUGAGGCGUAUAGUACAUCUUGGCUCCACCUCAAAUCUUACAGUAGCAGCCAGAGGCCAUGGUCACUCCCUUCAAGGACAAGCUUUAGCUCAUCAAGGUGUUGUCAUCAACAUGGAGUCACUUAGAAGUCCUGAUAUCAAGAUUCACAAGGGGAAACAGCCGUAUGUUGAUGUCUCAGGUGGUGAAUCAUGGAUCAACAUUCUAAGGGAGACACUAAAAUACGGUCUUUCACCAAAGUCAUGGACUGACUACCUUCAUCUCACUGUUGGAGGUACUCUAUCUAACGCUGGAAUCAGUGGUCAAGCCUUCAAGUAUGGACCCCAAAUUAACAACGUCUGCCAGCUAGAAAUCGUCACAGGGAAAGGAGAAGUCAUGACAUGUUCUGAGAAGCAAAACUCUGAACUUUUCUACAGUGUUCUUGGAGGGCUUGGACAGUUUGGCAUAAUCACCAGGGCAAGGAUAGCUCUUGGACCAGCACCACAUAUGGUGAAGUGGAUCAGGGUACUCUAUUCAGACUUCUCUGCCUUUUCAAGAGACCAAGAACAUUUAAUUACCAAGAAGAAUGGUUUUGACUAUGUUGAAGGGUUUGUGACAGUGAAUCGAACUGACCUACUCGAUAACUGGAGGUCAUCAUUUAGUCCCAAUGAUUCCAUAGGAGCAAGCCAGUUCAAGUCAGAAGGAAAAACUCUUUAUUGUCUAGAAAUUGUGAAAUACUUCAACACAGAAGAAGUUAACUCUGUGCCUCAGGAAACUGAGAAGUUACUUUCAGAGUUGAGUUAUAUUCCAUCUACUUUGUUCUCAUCUGAAGUGCCCUACAUUGAGUUUCUGGACCGUGUGCAUAUAGCUGAGAUAAAACUGAGAGCAAAGGGGUUAUGGGAGGUUCCACAUCCCUGGCUGAAUCUCCUGAUUCCCAAGAGCAGCAUUUUUGAAUUUGCCACAGAAGUUUUCAACAACAUUCUCACAAGCAACAACAACGGUCCUAUCCUUAUCUAUCCAGUGAAUCAAUCUAAAUGGAAUAAGCAUACAUCUUUGAUAACUCCAGAUGAAGAUAUCUUCUACCUCGUGGCCUUUCUACCCUCUGCAGUGCCAAAUCCUAACUCAGGGACAAGUAACUUAGAGUACCUUUUGAGACAAAACCAAAGAGUGCUUAACUUCUGCUCAGCAACAAACAUCAACGUGAAGCAGUACUUGCCCCAUUACGAGACACAAAGAGAGUGGAGAUCACACUUUGGAAACAGAUGGGAAACGUUUGCAAAGAGGAAACAUACGUAUGACCCUCUGGCAAUUCUAGCACCUGGUCACAGAAUUUUCCAAAAGGCAACACAGUUAUCUCCCAUCCAACUUUUCUAAGCCAAAGAGGCUAUCAUGCAGCCGCCACCAACCUGUAAAUCACAAACGUAAAAGUUUCCAGUGUCCAUUCUAAACGGCUCAGCUAGACAGCAAGAGAGUGAUAAAUUCUUAUUUUUUGUUUCUUUCUUUUGUAAAGCAAUCAGCUAGGUAUGAUGCUCUAGUAA